CACACACACACACACACACCACAGCAUGGCUCCCCCCCUCGAACAGCCGCCGAGGACGACCUUCCGGAUGUCGAUCUUCGAGAUGGUCAAGCCGCCGAAGCGAUCGCCACGCAUGCACGACCACGACCGCCUGGCCGUGGUCUCGGCGUUGACGCAUCGCGACGCCGCCUCCCUGGUCACCAUCCACGAGUAUGACCAGCGCAUUGAGCUCGGCCACCUGCCAGCGCGCCUGGCCGCGGACCAGGUCCCCACGCCGGCCUCAUCGGCGACGAGAGCCCCGCCCGUGGCCGCUCCGCCGGCGGCCAUCUCCCCGGCGGCUGCCCCCCGGCACCCGGAGAUGGCGGCCCUCUCGUGCCUCCUGUGCGGCGUCGAGGAGUUCUCCUCGGUGGCCGAGCAGCGGAUGCACUUCUCCCGGGACCCAGUGCACCUGGCCAACAUGCAGCGCAAGCGCCAUGGCCUGGCGCCUGUCUUGGUGGGAAACCCUGGUGCGUGUCGAUCCGGGCAGCCUGAUUACCCGCGCUGCUGUGCCUCUCCCGCCUCCGGCACUGCCCUGUGCCUUUGAUCUGCCCACAUGCCGGGCAAAGUGCGCCCCAUGGCUGACGCCGGCCGCGCUCCUCAGACGAUACGCAGCCCCGGGGCUCGCUGUCCGGCGACGACGGUCUCUCCGAUGGACCGGCGAGUGACCACCUCAUGACGGGAUCCUCCUCCUCGGCCGAUGAGAAUAGUGACGGCUCGGACGCCUCGCUGGAUCACGACGACGAAGAGGACGACGACGAGGAGGCCGAAGAGGACGAGGAGGACCAUGCCGCCGGGGAUGAUGAGCACUUCGGCCGCACCUCGCUCCAGGCGUCCAAUUUGCCGGUCCCCACGGCCGACGGCGACCCGGGGGACAAUCACUACUGGUUCCGGGGGCUUCUUCGGUCGCCGAAAAUCACACUGGCAGUGCGCCCGCCGGACGGCACCCCCGGCGACCGCCACUACAUCACACUGUAUCGCUUCCUCGUGGAGCCACGCUUCUCGCCGAAGUCCCGCUCCUAUGCCGACCUCCUGGCGCAUGCCGAGGCCCAUGGCCUGCCCGGGGCCGUGCAAUACUUUGAGAUGCAAUUGGUGCGAGCCUUCCUGGCGGCAACGCGCGACCCGCAGACGCACCGGUUCGCCGUGAUGAUGAUGCAGAGUGGGCGCUAUGCGUCGGCGGCCUUCAACGGCCCGGCGGUGUCCCGGCAGCCGGCCCCCUGUACCUUUGUGCGUUACACCACCCGGCGCAAGCAGGGUGGCUCGCAGCUGGCGCACGAUGCCAAGGGCUCGGCCGCGCAGAGUGCCGGUGCGCAGAUGCGCCGUGAAAAUGAGCGCCUUUGGCGCGCAGACGUGGCCCAGUACCUGACCGGGCCGGGAAGUGCCUGGUCGGCGGUCAAGCCGGAAGUUGGCCUCUUUUUAGUGGCUCUCGGGGACUAUCGACGGAUGGCGCACUCGCUGCUCGGGCAAUUUGACAAUAUCCUCCCGGUACCGAUGUCCACCAGUCGGCCGAAGGUGGACGAGCUCCAGCGCAUUGCGGAGGAGCUGGCGGUGGUGACCGUGUCCCGGACGCCACCGGAGCCCGCUGCCCCCGAGCCCGCCGGUCCUCUGCCUGUGGCGGUGGCGGCGGCCCCUGUGACAGCUGAGCCCCCGGCAUCGGCUGAAACCCCCGCGGAUCCGCUCCUGGCCAAGGUCCAGCAGAUUGUCCGCCGGCUGCGUCGGGCAGUGGCGCGCAAGUCCACCGGUGUCCUGCGCUCCGAGCUUCUGGCCCUCGGGAUAGAGGUUGUCAAGGCGCCCGCCGAAGAUGCGGAGCUGGCGGCCGAGGAGUUCGUGGCCCGAGUGACCCCGACCCGGACCCCGGAGCAGGCCGCCCUGCUUGACCGCCUCCUUGCCCACUGCGAGCCUGAUGGUGGGAAUCUCCUGCAUGAGGCGGCCUCCUCAUCCUCGCACCAGGUGUGCUCCAUCCUGCUGGAAGUCGGCUUUGAUCCGCGCAUGACCCGCGCGUCCGGUGCCAGUGCCCGCGUGACCCCCUUCGAGGACGCAGCAUCGGAGGAGGUGCGCGCGGCCUUUUGCCGGGCCUGGGCCCGGCACCCGGGCCGGUGGGACUGGGCGCGCGCGGGCCGCGUGUCUCCGGGGCCGCUGGAUCGCCAGUCGUACCUGCAGGCGGUGGCUCCCCCGCCGCCAGGGCCAGGCUCCGCUACGGGUGCCGCCGCCGCCGCCGCCGCCGCCGCCACCACCACCACCACCACCACCACCCCGGCGGCCGAUGUGGAUCUCAUCCAGUCGGCGCUGCUCCUGCGCCCGGCCGGCGGGUCAGCCCCCGGGCCACGCAGCUCCGAGCUCGGGCGCCUGUCCUCCAAGGACAUCCGGGACCGCAUCCGACGGACCAACCUCCGUGCUCAGGGGUCGCCGCUGGUGGGCCAGCGCCUGGACGAGCCCGUUGGAUAUGCGCCGGCGCGGCCGACCGCCGCGAAGCCGCCCGGGUCGCGGCCGACCCCGCGGCCAGGCCCGGCCCCGAGCCCCACCCCGUCUCCGGCCCCGGCCCCGGCCCCGGCCCCUGCACGGCCGAGUGCCAACUCGCCCGAAGAGCGCGAACGCCGGCGUCUGGCCGUGGAGGCCCGCCUGCGCUCGAUGGCCGAAAACAACUCCCCCUGA